AUGGAUGCUUUGAGGGAGAUGCCAGGCUAUGCAAAGAUGAUGAAGGACCUGAUGUCACAGAAAUUUGACUUUCAGGACUUGUCCACAGUAACUUUGACACAGACAUGCAGCGCGGUAAUGACAAGACCCAUGGCUCAAAAGAUGUCUGAUCCAGGUAGCUUCAUUAUUCCGUGUACUAUUGGGAGCUAUGCUUUUGCAAAAGCAUUGUGUGACUUAGGAGCCAACAUAAACUUGAUGCCUUUGGCAAUAUAUACAAAACUAGGGAUUGGUAGAGCUAGACCGACUUCGAUGUUGUUGCAACUGGCUGACCGCAUGGUUAAAAGACCGACGGGGAUUCUUGAUGAUGUGCUGGUACAAGUGGGAAAGUUUGUAUUCCCUGUAGACUUUGUUAUUCUGGAUUUCCAUGUAGAUGAGGAGAUACCCAUCAUUCUGGGAAGGCCAUUUUUAGCCACUGGGAGAGCAUUGAUUGAUUGUGAAUCUAGGGAAUUAAAAAUGAGGUCGAACGAUGAAGAAGUUAUAUUCAACGUUCAAUAA